CUUCGACUACUACUCGAUGCCAGCUCUCUCUGAGCUGGAUGACUACGACCUGUGCCUUAGAAAACCAGACGCCGUCUACUGCAUUGUAGACUUUGAACUGCUGGAAGAUGAAACGCCUUUAUACCAGUAUAUUAAGAACUUCUCGUCCUUAUCCUAUAAGAACUAUAAGCACACGAAAUUGCAUAGAGGUGUAUGCGGCUCCCAAAAUUGUGGGCUAAAUCUCACACAUGCAAACGCGAGUGAAAUCACAGCGGUAUCUUUGAAACGAUGUUUCAAUACCACUAUUCAUCAAAGCUAUGGUUUACAGGUCGACUCCCUUUCCGUUAGAUAUUGCAAGACACAGAACGAUUAUACUCCACCGGAUUCUGUAGAUUAUAUAAUUGGAGCACUAUUGUUGCUUCUGUUUUUGGUGAAUAUCGGAUGCUCAGCGUAUUACUUCUUUUGGCAACCAGAUGAUGACGAAAGUAGUAGAUACAUGUUAGCGUUCUGCGUGCAAAAGAAUUGGAAGGCUUUGAAAUAUGGAGGAAGUGCUGAAGGUGGAAUCUUCAAGUGCUUCCAAGCUAUGAGAUUUUAUACAAUGGUUAUGAUACUUGGUCUACACUCCAUGAUAUUCAUAGGUUAUGGUUACACGGAGAACCCCGACUUCAUUGAAAAUUCUUACGAUGAUUUCUUCAAGUCUUUACUCUUCAAUGCACGAAUCAUCGUUCAAAUUUUCUUCGUUAUGGGGGGCUUCCUCAUGGCCUACAAGAUGCUGGUCUACGCAGAAACCCACCAGUUCACUUUAAAAACUGUACCUAUGGCUAUUGUUAAUCGUUGGUUCAGGUUAAUGCCAGCGGUUUUGGUAGUGAUGGGUCUAGCGAUGACCUGGGUACCUCAUUUAGGUUCUGGACCGAUGUGGGAUGCUGUGGUCGGACGUGAACGAGAGAUGUGUAGGAGCAACUGGUGGCAAUUAGUGAUAUUAAUGCCGAAUCUGUUCCCGUUUGAACACUUAUGUCUACCACAAGCUUGGUAUCUGGGAACGGAUACUCAGCUGUUCUUCGUGACCUUGAUAAUUCUGUUGAUCAUCUGGAGAUGGCCGAAGUCAGGAGUCCCUAUGCUGUUCAGUGUGAUGGUCAUCAGUCUAAUUAUUCCAUUUUUGCAAAGUUAUUUCAUGAAUCUACUACCAAUUAGAGUCAGCCUGUUUCCAGAGUCGAUAAGGGAUAUAUUCGGUUACAAUGAAACGUUUUACCAUGCCUACGUGUCGGCGCAAGGAAAUUGGGCCGGCUACCAUCUAGGCGUUCUCACCGCCUGGUUUUAUCAUAAAGCACAAACCAAGAAAUGGGAUUUAGGUGAAUCUUGGCUUUUGAAGAUUCUUUUCGUUAUCUCGAUACCUGUGGCUGCGGGGACAGUGCUCAUGGGCUGGGAUCUUCACCACCGAGAGGCUUCUGCUUUCGAAUCCGCAAUAUUCAACAGUUUGAACCAGAACUUCUUUGCUCUCGCUAUUUGCGUAUUCAUCAUUGGCUACUUCUAUAGAUGUAACAGAAUCUACGUUGGAGCAGUAGAAUGGGGCCCAUUGCAGCCGCUCGGUAGAAUGUCCUACUGCGCUAUGUUAUUACAUGCGACUGUGCUUAGGACCUAUGGUGGUCAGCUGAGGAGAUCCUUCUAUGCUACAGACUAUACCGCUAUUAUGCUUUUCGCUGGCAUCGUUUGUACAACGUAUCUCCUAUCAUUGCCUCUUCAUCUCUUCGUAGAAGCUCCGUCUUGUCAGCUCCAGAAAAUUCUGUUUGGGCCUAAACGACAGAAGAAGGAACGCGAAGUGAAUGAGACCGUAAAACCUGGAAUCUCUAGUGUGUCGGUUUCGACAGUAUCUACUCAUAUAUAAGACUUAGUAUUUUAUAAUUUGUAUAUUUUGUAAUAAAUAUUUUGUACCUGA